GCUAUUGCAAUAUUUAGAUAUUAUUUAAGAUGUAUUUUAUAAAAUAUUUAUUGAGUGGUAAUAAAUACUGUUUUCAGUUUUUUUUAAUUCUUGUUAUAAUUUUAUAAGUAUGAUAGAAAUAUUGAUAUUGUUUUAUUGGUGUAUACAUGUUUUUUUAAGAAAUACAUGAAUUUUUUUUUUAUAUUUAUUUAAUUAAAAUACUAAAAAAUCAUGUUGAAUUCUAAUAACAACAACGUCGUUUCUGAAAAAUGGCAAGAAAUUGUAUUAGACGAAAUUCAAUCUGACAUAGAAAAUUAUUCAGAUAAUGAAUUGCCUCUUUCGUCAAUAGUUACUACUAAUAACACUAAUACUGGAAAAUGGCAAGAUAAUAUUAUAUUGGAUAAUAUUCAAUCUAACAUAAAAAAUGACUCUGAAAACGAGUUACAUCUUUCAUCAAUAUCCAUUUUUAAUGAUAAUCACAAAUUUCCAAAGCAUCAAAAAAUCAAUUUAGAUGAUAUUUUAUCUGACAACGAAAAUUGCUCAGAUUAUGAAUUACCUCUUUCAUCAAUAGCAAAUGUAUUGCUUCCAAUUGAUAGCUGUAAAGUUCAACAAUCUGAAUCAAUUGAUUGCCAAUCCAAAAAACUAAGUAAAAUAGAUACACCAAUAAAGAAAUAUGAGUGUGAUAUCUGUGGAAAAAUAUUUCUUAGGCGUAUUGCGAUUAUUGAACAUUUUAGAACUAGUUUAUGCUUUCCAGACAGUCCUUUUGAUUUUGAACUCAAGAGCCCACAUUAUAAUUUAUGCGACAAUUCUGAUAAUCCAAUGUCAUUUUUCAAAAAUGUAAGUAAUUUAGAAACUACUAAUAUGAAAGCUAUAACCUACAAAUGCAGAAUUUGUCAAAAUGUAAUUACAAAUUACAAAUUAAUAAAAAGGCAACAAAUAUUGCAUACUAAAGAUAAUAAUUUAUGUAAUAUAUGUUCAAUAUUAAAUAGUGUUACAUGUGGCAAUAAUCAACAUCUUAAAGAAAAGUAUACAUGGAAAUGUAAAUCUUGUGGGCAGAAAUUUACUAAAUUAUCUGUUUUAAAAGCUCACAGGUGUAUUUUUCCAAAGAAUAAACUAUUUAACUGUUUUAAAUGUCAUAAAUCUUAUAAAACCAUAAACGCUUUAGAAAAACAUAAAAUUAUUCAUAAAUUUAAUUGCAAUAUAUGUCAUAAACAAUUCUUUAAGCAGUCAACUUUAACAAAUCAUAAAAAAAUACACUGUUUAAAAAGUAUCGAUCAACACAAUACUCGUCAUAAGUACUUAAAUUCUAAUGUAUUAAAACGCACCAACAACUUCUACAAUUCAUCUCAAAAUUAUGAAUGCUCAAGAUGUUCAGAAGUAUUUCAUAAACGUUCGGAAAUAAUAGCUCAUAUUUUUGAAAAUCAUCAAGAAGAUUAUUCCAAAUAUAGUUGCGAUGAAUGUACAAAUUUAUGUGAUUCUUCACGGGACUAUAUUUUGUGUUUAACAAAAAACUGUUGCAAAUGUGAUGUCUGUCCCCAAUCAUUCACAACAACUCAUAGGCUACAACAGCAUUAUGGAUGGCAUCUUGGAAUUAAUAAUUUUAAAUGCCAGUUCUGUCCUAAAACAUUUUCAAAAUGUUCUCUUUACUUAUCUCAUGAAAGAACGCACACAGGAGAAAAACCAUUUAGAUGUAAUUUUUGUGGUAAAUGGUUUCCAGAUACAUCAAAUUUAAAUAUCCAUUUAAAACCCUACAAGCUUUUUAAAUGUAGUAUAUGCCAAAAAUCUUAUACUCAGAUGUCAUCAUUAUCAUUCCAUAAAAGAAAACAUGCUAAAGAAAAACGUCUAGAAAAAAAUUUGAGCUAUUUUCAACUGACAACUUUAGAUAUGCGUACAAAUCGACAAUAUACUAAAAAAACGUAUUUUAAUUGUAAAGUGUGUAAUAAAUCAUUCUAUCAUGCAAAGUCAUUAAAUAGACAUCUAAGAACACAUCAGAACAAUAAGAAUGUUAAAAAAUCAUCCCUAAACAACAAGAAACCACAAGAAAAUGAACAUUUUAUUAAAUGUGAUUUAUGCAAUGAAUUAUUUCGUGACCAGAAUAUUUUAAUGACUCAUAUGUGUAAGUCAUCUACAUGCAAAUAUUGUUUUAAAGUCUUUAAUAAUGUUUCUUCACUCAAAAGACACUACAGAUACAUGCAUCAAAAAAACAAUGAACUCUUUGACUGUGAUAUUUGUAAAAUAUCAUUUAAGUGUUUAACUAGUCUUAAUGAACACAUAAAAAGGCACACUCAUUAUGAAAAAAAUCCGCCUCUUACAUGCAAUGUCAACAAUGAAAUAAAUACUACAAAACAAGAAAUGUACAGGGACGAAGAAUAUAAAUGUGAUCUUUGUAUGAAAAGUUUUUUUAGUCAAACACAAAUUUUUGCUCAUAUUCUAGAAACUCAUUACUAAAUUUACAUUAAAUAGUAUGUACAUAUAUGGUUUUUUAUAAGUCUUGAUUAUGUAAUCAACCAUUAUAUAUAUUUGUAAUACUAUUAGUUAGUUUAAGUUAUUGUAUGCAUAGAAAUAAGACGUAACAUAUUAUACAUUUUUGUUUAAAAAUUAUGUACCAUAAUAUUACAACAUACUUUAUCAGAUUUAUAUUCAUUAAUUAAAUUUAUAUUGAUUAUAAGUCAAUUUUUCUCUCAUAUAGUAAUAAAACAAUCAGUCUAGAGAUUAAAAUUAGCUACCUAAUUAUAAGUUUUCUGAAGGUAUCAGAUUAUACAUGAUAUUUUAUCUUUCACUAAAUACUGAUCCCUAAAUAAUUUGGUCUAUAGUAGAGAAAUUGGAAAAACAAAAUUGUAUUAUAUAUUUAUGUAUAAUUUAUUAUUAAAAGUAAAAUAAAGAAUGUUCU